AUAUCGCUAUGUUUUUGUUUCACAGGAACGAUUAUGAACCACUGUGGCCUGCUAACUCUCCAGAGGGAACCAGUUCCUCUGAAGAGCAUUGAGGUGGAGCUGGAGGUGAGGGACCAUGUGGCUACAGUGGUCUCCACUCUGAACUACGAGAACAAGGAGGACAAACCAUUAGAGGCUGUUUUUGUCUUCCCUCUGCCUGGAGAUGCUGCUGUCUGUCAUUUCAGUGCUCAGAUUGGACAGACACAGAUUGUAGCUGAGGUGAAGGAGAAACAGAAGGCUCGUGAGGAGUAUGAUGAUGCUCUGAGCUCCGGUCAGCAGGCCUUCCUAUUGGAGGAGAGUGAUCAGAGUCCAGAUAUAUUCUCUCUGCGUGUGGGCAGCCUGCCUCCAGGAGAGAGCGCCUCCAUCAGGUUGGAGUACGUCACUGAGCUGGCUGUGCAGGCUGAUGAUGGUCUGAGGUUCUGUCUGCCUGCUGUGCUCAACCCUCGAUACCAACCUCAGGGUAGCGAAGGUGCAGGUGUCCAGGUGACUUCUGUUCCAGCCUCUCUGGUGCCCUACAGUCUGUCUUUUUCUGCCCGAGUGUCCUCUCCUCGUCCAAUCCAUAAAGUAGAGUCCAACUGCUCCCUGGACCCUCUGCAGUACCUCAACACUGAUCAAACCCAGGCCACGGUCAAGCUGGCUGCAGGACACAAGUUUGACAGAGAUGUUGAACUGCUGAUUUAUUACAAAGACGCCCACCAGCCCACUGCUGUGGUGGAGGCAGGUCAGGCCUCUGCUGAGCCGGGCUCUCUGAUGGGUGAUCCAGUGGUGAUGGUGAGUCUGUACCCUGAGUUUACCCAGUCUGUGAUGUCUUCAACAGCUUCAUGUGGAGAGUUUGUGUUCUUAAUGGAUCGAUCUGGAAGUAUGAGUAAUACUCGCAUCCGCAGUGCCAAGGACACUCUGCUGCUCCUGUUGAAGAGUUUACCAAUUGGCUGCUAUUUCAACAUUUACAGUUUUGGGUCCAGAUAUGAACACAUCUUCCUUAAGAGUGUGGAGUACAGCCAGCAGACCAUGGAGGAGGCUCUGAAGAAAGUUGAGCAGAUGGAGGCUGAUCUUGGAGGAACAGAGAUCCUGGAGCCCAUCAAACAUAUUUACAGCCAGCCCUGCAUUCCCAAUCAGCCCAGACAGCUGUUUGUCUUUACUGAUGGAGAGGUGGGGAACACCAAAGAAGUGAUCGAUCAGGUGAAGAAGAAUUCAGGUUCUCACAGGUGUUUCUCUUUUGGGAUUGGGGAAGGGGCCAGCUCUGCUCUCAUCAAUGGGAUGGCCAAGGAAGGAGGAGGUCACGCUCAGUUCAUCACAGGGACUGACAGGAUGCAACCAAAAGUGAUGCAGUCGCUGCGAUUUGCUCUGCAGCCGGUUGUGGUCGACAUCUCAGUCACAUGGGAUUUACCAAAGGAAGUGUCUGUCACUGUCCUCUCUCCACCAAUCACAACACUUUUCCAGGGUCAGAGGUCACUGAUUUAUGCCCAGCUCAAGCUCAGAGGCAGCAGAGGGCUGUGUGACGGUGAAGUACAGCCUGGCAGGUCAUCCCUCUGAGAACCAGCUGCACUUCAGUCUCAGACCUGCAGCAGACUCUGGCUUAAUAGUCCACAGGUUAGCUGCUCGGACUCUUAUUUGCUUGCUAGAGAUGGAAGCAGAAAACAAUCAGGAAAAAGAAGAAGUAAAGAAGAAGGUGGUGCAUCUGAGUGUCCAAUCAGGAGUGAGCAGUUCUUUCACUGCUUUCAUUGCUGUCAAUAAAGACAACAACAAGGAGAUUCAAGGACCUCUUCUGCACCGAGAUAUUCCAAUGCCUGAUGUCUAUCGUUCCUGUACUUCGUUUGCGGUCAGGGCUGCUCCAUCCACGAUUAUGUGUGACUCCGCGGCGAUAUUUGAGGAAAUUGAAACAGCAGAAGACAGAUGUCUCAUGGAUUUUUGCUGUUUGUACAGCAUGGAUGGAGAAUUUCCACCUGCUAAGAAGCCACUCAGAGACCCUUUGCUACAGUUAGUCUCCCUCCAGAAGGCGUCUGGCUGCUGGCUGCUUGAUCCAGCUCUGGCUGCUGCACUGGGAAAGACCAACCAGGAGGUGGAAAAGUCAAAGCCUGAAAAGGCCAGCAGUGAAGUGUGGGCCACCAUUCUGGCUCUGAUCUGGCUUCAUGGUUUCAAGAUGGAUGCAAAGGACGAGUGGGAGCUUCUGGCUGCAAAGGCUGUGUCAUGGCUCAGUGCGCAAAAAGCACCGUCUGUGACAGAGUGUGUGGAAGCCGGAAAUAUAUUGUUGGGUUGCAGUGUGCAAAAAACUGCCCUUGGCCUCUGAGGUUUUUUAUAAACUAACAACUUCUUUAUGAUUCAUACACAGAAGCAGAUUUACUUCAUACUUCAUCCACAUUAAUCUUUGCAUCGUCCAACUUUAUUAUCUAAUGUGCCUUAUUUUAUGCUGCGUGUGUCCAAAGUCAGCUUUGUAAGAGUAGCAGAGAUUAUUGCUUUUCUAUUCUAACUUUAAUGUUGCUGUUUGCUUGAAAGCAUCAAAUAUUAAACAAAUAAAAACACA